UUUUUUUCUCAGUGCUUAGUGUAUGAGUACUUCAUUCGGAGCAACCUAAUAAUAGAGAGAGAUUUACAUCACAAAGAAAAUGGCUCCUCGUAUUAAGACGACAACAUUCCAAUGCUUGAAAUGUUUUAGGAGAUUCUUAAAUCGUCAGCAUUUUGCGUCACAUUUACUAAGGCACCGAGAUGAAAACAAGAGAAAAUUGUGUCAAUAUUGUACCAUGUCAUUCAAGUCGUCUAAAUUGUUAGAAGUACAUAUGAAUACUUAUCAUAGAUGUGAAUAUUGUGACUUCUGAGCCAACAUUUUUGAUCUUAUAGAGCACAAUGAAGCUCAUGAAAGAGGAGUUAUAAAAUCCAUGAAAUUUGAUCAAAGAGGAAGAGGGCUACGACUGAAUGCUUUCCCUUUCUCUGAAAUUGAAGCCUUUAAAGGCUUUAUGAAAACCUACAGAUUUAGAAAUACACAUGAGGAUAAUAAUAUUAUUUCUGUUAGAGAUUUUUUUAAUAGAUUUAAGUUUAAAAUUAAUCAGAUUCUAUUUCACAAUGUUUCAAUUUAUAAUAGCAUUAAGUUUCAAAUAACGCUUUUGUGUAAAUUUAAACGUAUGCAUCCAAGCGUGGAUGAAGAAGAGGUAGAAUUCAUGGAAACAACAGAACAAUAUUUUAAUUCUUCUCUUAAAAUUAUCCUCAGUCCCCUCUACAUUAGUAGAAUCUUUUGUGACAUGGUUAAUGAAAUCGAUAAUAAUGUGGAAAUCUUCGAACAAAAUGGCAGUGGUUGGAUAUUAGAUGAAGUGAAAGGCUGUGAUAUACGAACAGCUCAGUUUGAAAUAUUAAAGGGUGGAUGUUCGUGCAUCAUUCCCAGCCAUCUGAAAAAUAAGAAUGCCAUUGUGAAUCCCGAUAAUAAGGAAAAUGAUUGCUUUGUUUCAGCUUUUCUGAUCUGCAUGCACGGAGAUUCAGUAGAUAACAGGCAUCGUGGAAGAAUAUCUCAAUAUGAAAAAUUUAAAACUCACUACGAUUUCUCUUCGUUAAAGUUUCCAACAUCGGAUGCUUUUAAGCAACAUGGGCAUUACAUGUCUAUCCUGAAUUUUUCUCGCCUAAUCAACAGACAGGGACAUCAUCGAAAAUUUGUUUGCUACAAUUGUUUGAAUACUUUCGGAGAUGAAAAGCGUCUUGAUUCACAUCAGCAGUUGUGUUUUGAGUUUAAAACUCAAAAGGUUUCUGUUCCUUCAGUCGUUGAUGGAAAAAUUCCAUUCUGCUCUUUUGAGAGUAAAAAACUUAGUAAUAAACUAAAGUGUAACUUUGUGAUGUAUGGAGAUUUUGAAGCAAUGCUCACAGACGAUAAUACCAGUACGACCUCAAUAGAUAAACACAAAAUUUCAGGAUAUAAUCUUGCAGUAAUUGGCCCAAAUAAGAAACUGGUUCAUAUAUCGAAAUAUCGUGGUCCAAAUAGCAUUGACAAAUUUAUAGAUGAAGUGAAUCUACAAGCUAGCUUUUGCAUACAAAGGAACAAAAUCCAUAUCGCUAUGAAACAACUUUCUCUAGAGGAAGAAUAUGAUUUUUCUAUGGCAGAUUCCUGCCACAUUUGUGAGCAUGAUUUUGAUCACCAAUCUAUAAAAGUUCGAGAUCAUGAUCACAAUACUGGAUUAUUUAGAGGAGCUGCUCAUAGAGAAUGUAAUGCUUCGUAUAUUCAAAAAGUCAAAAUCCCUGUACUUAUGCAUAGUUUUAGAAAUUAUGACUCUCACCUGCUGUUAAGUUCAGCAACGAAAUUUGGUUCUGGGAAUACGUUCGUUAUCUCUCAAAACUCUGAAAAAUUUAUAGGCAUUAUUUGUGAUAAGUUCAUGUUCAUAGAUUCUUUCAUGCAUCUGCCCAAAUCUUUAGAUACUCUUGUAACAAACCUUCAUGCAAAACCCGAAGGCUUUGAUGACAAGUUUGGUAUAAUGAUACAACAUUUUUCAAAAGAACGGGCUGUAAAACUCUCAAGGAAAGGUGUCUAUCCAUAUUCUUAUUUCAGUUCUUGGGAUAAAUUUAAGGAAACCAAAUUUCCCGAUAUUUCAGAGUUUUAUAACACCCUCACUUGUGAAGGGAUUUCACAAGAGGAUUAUGAUUUUGGUAAGUCAGUGUUUGAAACCGAAUGCACUGACCUGGGUUCGUACCACGACAUAUAUUUAACAACAGAUGUACUUCUGUUGGCAUGCGUUUUUGAAAGCUACAGGGAUAUGGCAAUUUCUAACUUUAAGCUUGACCCUUGUCACUAUUUUAGUCUCCCAGGCUUCAGCUGGGAUGCUGCUCUUCUGAGUACAAAAGUUAAGCUAGAACUUGUUACUGAUCAAGACAUGUACAAUACUAUAGAGUCUGGCAUUAGAGGAGGAGUAUCUAUGAUAUCUCAUAGAUAUUCUGUAGCUUACAACAAGUAUAUGGAAGAUUAUGAAGAAGGAGUCAAGGAAGACUCUUUUCUUCUUUAUAUUGAUAAAAACAACUUGUACGGUGAGGCGCUUCAGCAGCCUUUGCCUGUUUCUGAUUUUCAAUGAGAAAGUCAAGAGUUCAUUGAUAAUUUAAGUAUAGAUGAUAUUUUGGCAUGGGGUGAUGAGGAUGAAAUCGGUAGAAUUUUGGUUGUCAAUUUAGAAUAUCCCUGUGAGCUCCACCUGUUGAGCGAGCACAACGAAUAUUCACUAGCUCCGGAGAAAAUUACAAUUUCCAUGAAUCAACUCUCGAAGCAUCAGCGGGAGCUUUUAACUUCCUAUAACAUUAAAUAUUCAGAAAAGCAGAAAAAAUUAGUUCCUCAUUUAGGAUCUAGAAAAAUGUAUCCAGUGCAUUAUAGAAGUCUCAAAUAUUAUUUGGAGAAGGGAAUGGUAUUAACAAAGAUUCAUAAGAUAAUUAAAUUUGUUCAAAGGCCCUGGCUUAAAGAUUUUGUAAACCUUUGUUGUGAUUUACGACGAAAAGCUACAAACAAAUCUGAGCAAGACUUUUUCAAUCUAAUAGUUAACGCAAUUUUUGGACGUAGCAUGAUGAAUGUUAGGAAUCAGCAAUAUGUAUAUAUAGUUAACAGCAAAAUAUUAUUCCAGGCUUUCGAACUUCAGAAAAUUUGAGAUUCUUUCUCCAAACUUGGUACUUGUUUUCAUGAGUAAACCUAGUAUUGUAUUGGAUAAGCCAAUAUAUACAGCGUUUUCGGUUUUAGAUCUCAGCAAGUUGUUUAUGCAGGUUUGGCAUUAUGACAGGAUCAAAAAAUGGUAUGGAAUUAAAGCCAGGUUCCUUUUUACAGAUACGGACAGCUUAGCCUAUCAAAUUAAAACCGCUGAUCUUUAUGCUGAUUUAAGACUGGUGAAAAAUGAUUUUGACUUUAGUGAUUUUGACCACACUCAUCCACUUUAUUCUACAGAAAAUAAAAAAGUGAUUGGUAAAAUGAAGGACGAGAGUAACGGAAAAAUCAUGUAUAGUUUUGUGGGUGUUUCUCCAAAAAUGUAUUCCUUUGCAGGCAAGAAUAUCCAUAAGAUUGCUAUGAAAGGAGUCAAACAAUCUUUAGUACGAAAACAUGUAACUCAUAAAGCUUUUAUGGAGACUUUGUUUGAGCAAACAAAAUAUAUGUGCAGAAUGAAUUUGAUUCGUUCAAAGAAUCAUAAACUAACAACUGCAAAUUAUACAAAAGUAGCUUUGCAUAGUUUUGAUUCGAAACGUUUUAUUUUACCCGAUGGAAUUAGUACACUUGCUCACAAUCAUUUUUUGAUUCCUACGUA